CUCACAUUUUUAGAAGUGCGUAGGGCGCUACUGAAAUCCAGUCGUUCUGCAGCACACCUUCACAGUGAUUUGAUAGUUGCUACAACCAUGACGUGUCCACGGUUUCUCGUCGCAGUCAUCGUCCUUUUGGUGACAGCAGUCGCUCAGGUUGGUGCUCAAGCAGACGCGACUUGCACCGGUAUUAGCAAAGAUGUAUCUUGUAAGAAGUGCAGAGACAAUACACACAAAUGCAUGCCGGGUGAGGUGCCUGUCGAUGAUUGGCUGAUAGCAACAGCGAAACAGCAACGAGAGUUACAGAUUGACGAACCUUGGAAUCGAUUGCAAAUGCUCGAUGCACACAAUGGGUACAACACCAGAGCAUGGGGAUAUGGAGUCAAUGACACAUGUCCAUGGUCGCCUCCAAAUCCUUACCCAAUGGACUGCAACAAUUACGCCAACCAGGAGUUCAGCUUCACGGACCUACUGAACAUGGGUGUCAGGGCAGUGGAGAUUGACAACUGGUUUUGCUUUAACGAGAUGCGCAUGGCACACUUGGGCAGUACGAUCGAUCUUGAGUGCAGUGUGUAUGAUAGGCUUUUCUCAGACGGAAUCAAGGAGAUCGCUGAUUGGAUAAAUCUCCCUGGUAACGGGGAGGAGAUGGUUAAGAUCUACAUGAACGAGAAGUUUGAUCAAGGUAAUGACGACUCGGUCAACAAUCCUCUGAGAGACUACAUGGGAGAACGCAUACUGACCCCGGCAGACCUGAAGAAUACGUACGGUGGACAGUGGCCCACGCCUAGGCAGAUGAGAAAGGCCGGAAAGAACGUAGUGAUUGCAACAGGCAGUACUGCAGGAAGCGGCGAAGUUUACCCACAUGGGGGCGUGUACAUCCACAAGAUAUACUGGGAGGACUUGCAGAUGAGAUAUGUAAGGUACCAAUUUUUGAGCCAUUAA